UUAUAAAAAAAAUUAAUUUAUUUUUAUUUAUUAUAAAAAAAAUCUUCUAUCUUUGCGCCAUCUUGAAUUGCUGAGUAAUUGGCUUCUCAGAAAAUAGUAACAACCUAGUUAUGAAAACAGAAACUAGAAUAAAACAAAAUAUCGAUUCCUCUAAGGAGGUAUCGACAAAACAAGCAAUUUUAACAGUUAGUGUGGUCUUUAUCACCUCUUUAUCAGCAUUACUUUACGUUUAUACUACUUUUCCAAAACUUGCAGAAGAUGAACAACAGCAUAUGAAAUUACCAUUAGAUCUUGAAGAGGCUAAAAAUUUGGGUAAACUUCUUGGACGAUAUAGAGAUCUUUAUUAUUUUCAAGUGCUAAUUGGAUUAUUUCUUACAUAUAUUUUUUUACAAACUUUCGCUAUUCCAGGUUCUAUUUUCCUUUCAAUCCUUUCUGGUUUUCUUUUUCCCUUUCCUUUAGCUUUAUUAUUAGUAUGCAGUUGCAGUGCAGUAGGAGCAUCACUUUGCUACCUUCUUUCAUCACUUUUGGGACGUAGAUUGCUUUUUAAAUAUUUCCCAGAAAAAGCAAGAGAAUGGACAUUAACAGUAAAAAAACACAAAGAUAAUCUUUUUAAUUAUAUGCUAUUUCUACGAAUAACUCCAUUGCUUCCAAAUUGGUUUAUAAAUCUAGCCAGUCCUAUAAUUGGAGUGCCUCUUGCACCAUUUACUGUAGGCACAUUUUUUGGAGUUGUUCCACCAUCUUUUAUUGCCAUUCAAGCAGGUCAGACAUUACAAAACUUAACUUUAUCUACUGGCUGGUCAUGGAAAAGUAUUAUAAUAUUAUGUGUAUUUGCUGUAUUAUCAUUAGUGCCUAUUUUAUUUAAACAAAAGAUACAACAAAAAUUUGAUUAAAUUUUAGGAAAGAAAUUGAAAAAUUUAUUUAAUUAAAAAAUAAUAUGAUUAUUUAUUUUUAAUACUUGAAAUAAUAAAAAAAAAUUAGUCAAAAUAAGAAAAUAUAAAAAAUAUUAAUUAAUUAAAUUAAUUAUAAAAAAUAUUACUUUCAAUAUGAUUUAUAUUAUUUAAAAAUAGUUUAUUGCCUAGAAAUAAAAUUUUACAUUUUUAAUAUUUUCAUUUAUGUAAUUAUAUAAAACUUUAAAUAUUUAUUUAAAACAUUUCUUACUUUUCUCGUAAUUGUAAUAUCUUAUGUUAAUUCUUACAUUGUUUUUUUAUUUUUUUGUAUAGUAUCAAUUAUAAUUUUUUUUGUGUAAUUGUUAAUUAAUAAAUUAUAAUUUUGAAAAAUAAGCACAAAUUUAAAUCAUUAUAUUAUAAAUAUUAAUUAAUAAAUAUUAUAUUAUUUUAUUUAUAAAAUUUCUUAUAAAAUCAAUUAUUUAGAAAAUUGUUCAAAGGUAAUGAAAAAAAAAUAAUUAUAAUGACAGUUUUUAAUAAAAAUAUAAUAAUAAAAUAUAAUUAUAAAAAAUUAAUCUAAUGUGAAAAAAUAAUUCAGCAAAAUGAAGUCAUAUAACUAAUGGUAAUACUAGUUGAAUUUAAAGCUGGAAAGCUGAUUGGCCGCCAAUACCACCAAUUAUACCAUACUGAAAAAUAUAUUUUACCAGUAAUUUAUUUAAAUUAAUUAUUGUAUAUGAAAUUCAAAUAAAAAUUAAUUUAAAUUAAA